UUCUGGAUUUCAACCAAUGGGCACUCACGUAAAAUGUACGGCAGUUUUUUCCUUUUCUUUUUUUCACAAUUCUCUUGUAAAUAAACGAAUGACAGACGCUGGUCAUAGUGAAAUUGCUACCAAAAUAUCAAAUCAACACGGAAUCCAAUUGAUCUACUGUCUAUAAAGGCUGUUGUGACAACGUUAAUGUCAUUCCUACCCGCCAGUUUGCUGCCAGCCAGUAGAGUCAGACUGUAUCGUGCCACACAGGUAGCUUGUGGCCAAUGCCACAGGCUCGACCUGGCCAGAGAAGUGGACUAUAAACCGCGGAAAGAGCUGGCAAGUUAGCCUCAACGGAGCUGUCUUGUCCCCUCGUGGCUGUUGGACUGUAGAAGGAGUGGCCGUGGAUCCACCGACAGGAAAAGUUGUCAUGUCGGAGCUAAAUAAAGAGGUGGUGGAUUUGGUUUGGGGGAGACCCUCCAGUGGAGGAGUGUCUGCCUCCAUCUUCCGUAGAUGGACCCAAGGAUUUGUUUUCAGUGAGAAUGAGCACACAGCACUGGAGCAGUUUGAAGGAGGCCCUUGUGCUGUCAUCGCACCUGUCCAGGCUUUCCUCUUAAAGAACAUCCUCUUCAGCAGAGAAAGUUCCAACUGGAGACAGAUGUCAGAGGAGGAACAGAAAACAGCACUGUGUUCCACUCUGAGUGAAAUCUUGGAGUCUGCCUGCGCCAGUCCCUCCACGGGGUUCUGCCUGGUGACUUGGGCCAAGGGACAGAGCCCACAUCCAAGCACACAUACCAACACGCAGACACAGUCGCAGUCACAAACACAGGACAUGCCAGAGCCGGAGAGCAGCCAGCCACCACAGGAGCAGCAACCCACUGCUUUGGCUGCUGAGGAACUUGGCUUUGAGAGAUUUCACAGUGUUCUUCAUAAGCGAACUGUAAUGUCAGUGUCUGGUCUGAAAGAGGAGGUGCUGUCUCUCUACCACACCUGGAGGGGGUGCUGUGGAGUCUUGCUUUUCCUGUACUCUGUCAUCCUCACCAAGGGCAUAGAGAAUAUAAGAAAUGAGAUCCAGGACACAAUGGAGCCUCUCAUAGACCCUGUGCAUGGCCAUGGCAGUCAGAGCCUGGUGAACCUCCUUGUAACUGGCCACGCUGUCUCAAAUGUCUGGGAUGGAGACAGGGAGUGCUCUGGCAUGAAACUGCAUGGUAUUCAUAAACAAGCAUCCGUUGGUUUCCUCACGCUUAUGGAGUCACUACGCUACUGCAAGGUCGGGGCAUUCCUCAAGUCUCCAAAGUUCCCUAUUUGGAUCCUUGGCAGUGAAACUCACCUCUCUGUGUUUUUCACCAAGGAGAUGUCCCUGGUAGGUCCAGAGUCUCCAUCAGAGCAGGCAAGGAGGGUCUUCCAGUCAUUUGAUCCUGAAGAUAAUGGCUUCAUCCCGGAGUCGCUGCUGGAGGACGUGAUGAAAGCCCUUGACCUUGUCUCAGAGCCUGAGUAUGUCAGUCUGGUGAAGGGUAAACUGGAUCCGGAAAGUUUGGGCAUAAUUCUUCUGGGCCCGUUCCUGUUGGAGUUUUUCCCUGAUCAGGACUCAGGAAUCCCAGACUCGUUUCCCGUCUACCACUACAACGGACUUAAACAGUCCAACCACAACGAGAGGGUGGAGUAUGUGGAAGGGACGUCUUUGGUGCUAGGUUUUGAGGACCCUAUGGUUCGGACGGACGACACUCCAGUCAAGCGCUGCCUACAGACCAAGUGGCCCUACAUCGAGCUGCUGUGGACCACCGACCGCUCCCCGUCACUGAACUAGCACCGACACAUCCUGUGUGUCACGCCUCUCCGGCUUCCCCUCUGCACGCUGACCCUUAAAAAGCCAGCAGAUUACAAACGACUGACACGACGACGACAACGAAUGAGAAGAAAACACAAAAUGCACACGAGAGACUGAGACAAACACGUUCGUGGACUAAACAAAAAACAUGCCUGAGAUCCAUCCCGUUGUCCUCGCUCACACAUUCCUCAAAAAUGCAAACUCACCUUUUACAAUUCAUGCUACUGUCUGUUCACCAUGGCUUGUUAUUGACACGCAGGAUGUUGUGAUUAUUUAAAGAAAAACAACAAAAAAAAAUGAAUGACUGUUUAUUUUUACAGCUCUGCUCUGUGCCGACACCUCUGCUACAGUUCUAGCAGUAGACAGAUAGAAAAUGUUUAGAGAGCAGAAGUGGUUUGGUCCAAACCACGUGGACAGCCAGUCGACUGUGAAACACUACUGUUAAUCCAGCUAUAGGACUGUUUGAGGGAAAACUUACCAAAGCCUUCCACAUAUGAGAACACAAACAGACUCACUCAUGCACACACACACACACGCACACACACACUCACUUUACAAAGUUUACAGUGUAAAGGGACCAACGCGGACACAGAGAGCUGGAGAUGGGAACAGGAGGUUUCCUUAGUGUUUUGACGAAGAUGGAUCUGGUUCAGGUGCUUUGUCUGUAUGUAUGUUUGUAUGUGUGUGUGCUUCGUGCGCCACACUAGGAUGGUCGGCCAAGUGCUCACAUAUUUAUUAAGACACUCAAAGGCUCUGGAAUAAACACUUUUUUUGUUCAAAUA